AUGGCGAAAUUAAGCGAUAACUACUUCAGUAUUGACGGAAUUUUGUCCACACAAGAGAGGAUACCAUGUAAAGUUGAAAUGCCUAUCUACAGAUUAGGUUACCUAGACAGUAGUAGUGACAGUGAUGAUCUGGUUGCAGGAACAAAGUUAGAAAUUCCCUACUGGAUGGCCCGGGGGUUGUGUAGUCGACGUAGACAGAUAGUCAGUAUAGAGAUGCCCAGACAAUAUCGUGAGGGGUAUAGGGAAAUCCUCACAGCUGAUGCUUCAGUAGUGGACCUCCAUCAGUUAGGGCCGUAUUUCUAUAAUUUUGGUUCUGAGUUGUUAAAUUUUGAGCACCCUGAAGUCAGUGACAUUGCCAAGUCACUUCUAAAGACUUUACAAGCCAGGAUUCGACUCAUCAUGGAUUCUUCACAGAAUUCUUUAAACGAAGAUAUUUCUAGACUCACCCAGAAACUCGACGAAACAGAGAGACAUUUAUUUAUAGCCGGACAGAAAGGUUUGAUUGACUUUCAGAGAUGGGAGACUCGUGAAACAGAAAAACUUGUUACGUCAGACAUGGUGAAAAAACAUAGGAAAAGAAAGCGAGCUAUUAUGGAAGCUACGUAAUUUGUUUGUGUUC